AUGGCAUAUGGCCAAGAGAAGGACAUGGCAAGGGAGGAAGGGCCCACUGCACCUAAUGAGGUGGUGAACAAUGCUGUUGAGAUUGACCUCAAUCAAGAUGAGGCAAUGGCUGACAUUGAGCUGGAUGACAUUGAGGACAUAGAUCUUGGAGAUGAGGAUAACCAUAUUGAAGCUGAUAACCAUGGUGAUGCUGAUAACGAUGGAGAAGCUGAUAACCAUGACGAAGAGGAAGACAUCGGUGAAAAGGAGAACACUGGUGAUGAAAAUGACUUCACUGAAGGAUACUUGCAACAAUAUGCUGCAUCAUUCAACAAGCUCCAUGAGCAGUUCAGGGAGCUUAGGAGGGAGGGCAUUUACCAGCCUCCUCCUGGGCGUAGACCCGCUCCUACUGCUCAGCCAGCCCCUGCUCCGCCCGCACCUACGCCUGUUGGCGCUGCAACGGCUAUGCACCAGCCACCUCCAGCCGAGACUUCACCCUUUGGGUCCCUCUCAGCGCCUCUGCCGGAGUUCCUCCAUGGCAAGACAGAGGUGGAGCCUUGGCUUGACCUGGUGGAUACCACCAUGACUCUUGCGAAUGUGCGUCCCGAGGCUCGCGUCACCGCAGCUACUCGUGCAUUGGACGAGGUGGCUCGCAGGGCGGUGUAUGGCGCUAAGAAGCAGGCGCAUGGACCGUUCGAAUGGCCGGAGUUCUGCACCGCGCUGAAAUAUGCAUUCAUGGACUAUGCGGUCGAGUUCGAGGCCGUAGCACGCAAGCUCGAAAAGCCCUUGUCUGAGAAGGAGAUGAUGCACACCUGCAUCAAAGGCCUCCCUGUCAAGCUGCAGCGGGCGCACAUGACCGGUGGCAUGACCAAUUGGAGGACUUACAAGGAGCUGAAGGAGCAGGUGAUCAAAACUGAUACCACCAUUCGCACGUACCUGGAUGGUCCCGAGGAGCCAGGCCAGCAGACUCGUGCUGAAGGUUCUGGUGGGCGUGGGAACCGACCCCAGAAUGCCAAUGGCGGAGGCGGUUGGAACAAGCGACCUUUCCAGCAGCGUGGUCACCAGCCCGGAUCGUAG